GGCCCAGAGAAGUGGCUCAGCCCAGCUCAGAUCUGCUCCGACUGCCAGAUGCAACGCUCCAGCCAGAACGGAGCGCAGGCAGGCUGCACGGGAGGCAGCGCUCUUCUGGCAAACGGGUGACGAGGCAGAGAGAGCACCCUCCCCGUGAACCGUUGCUGUCUUACCCUCCCCUGGCACUGAGAGCAUGUCUGAUUUUGCCUGUCUUUGAAGUUAUGGAGUUGGACAACAAACUCGAGCUGGACGGCCACCAUGAGUCACUCACUGACAGGGUGGGCCGGCGGCGCAGCAUGCCUGGCGGUACGGUGGACAAAACGGUGGUCGCUAUGGAUGCAGACACGUCAACACCUUUUAAAGUCACGGGCUUUCUGAGCCGCAGACUGAAGGGUUCCAUUAAACGCACCAAAAGCCAACCAAAGCUCGACCGCCACAGCAGCUUCAGGAACAUCUUACCGGGCUUCAAGAGCGCGGAGAAUGACAGUAGAUCCCAUCUGAUGCCGAGGCUGAAGGAAUCGCGGUCUCACGAGUCGUUGCUCAGCCCCAGCAGUGCAGUAGAAGCUCUAGAUCUUAGUAUGGAGGAGGAAGUACUCAUCAAACCUGUGCACAGCAGCAUCCUGGGACAGGAUUUCUGCUUUGAGGUAACUACUUCAACAGGAAGCAAAUGCUUCUCAUGUCGGUCGGCGGCCGAGAGAGACAAAUGGAUGGAGAAUUUGAGACGUGCUGUGCAUCCCAACAAGGAUAACACCCGUCGGGUGGAGAACAUGCUGAAAUGUUGGAUUAUCGAAGCCAAGGACUUGCCAGCAAAGAAAAAAUACUUCUGUGAACUUUGUCUGGAUGACACAUUAUAUGCACGGACUACCUGCAAACUCAAAACGGACAAUGUUUUCUGGGGCGAACACUUUGAGUUCAACAACCUGCCCUCGGUCAAGAGUAUCACCGUGCAUCUUUACAAGGAAACGGACAAAAAGAAAAAGAAGGACAAAAAUAAUUAUGUGGGCCUGGUCAAUAUCCCCAUAGCGGCGGUCACCGGGCGGCAGUUGGUGGAAAAAUGGUAUUCCGUGAGCACGCCAAAUCCCAACAAGGGAAAGACUCCGGGACCCAUGGUCCGAAUGAAAUCCCGAUAUCAGAGCAUGAGCAUCCUUCCCAUGGAGCUGUACAAGGAGUUUGCAGAGUAUAUUACCAACAAUUAUAUGUUAAUGUGCUCAGUGCUGGAGCCAGCUCUAAGUGUAAAGAACAAGGAAGAGAUGGCUUGUGCACUUGUCCAUAUCUUACAAAGCACAGGCAAGGCCAAGGACUUUCUGACAGAUCUGAUGAUGUCUGAGGUGGAUCGUUGCGGAGACAACGAGCAUCUUAUAUUCCGCGAGAACACACUGGCCACUAAAGCUAUAGAGGAGUACCUGAAACUUGUGGGACAGAAGUACCUUCAGGAUGCUUUAGGUGAGUUCAUCAAAGCUCUGUAUGAGUCAGAUGAGAACUGUGAGGUGGACCCAUCUAAGUGCUCCUCCAGCGACCUGCAUGAGCACCAGAGCAACCUCAAGAUGUGCUGUGAGCUGGCUUUCUGCAAGAUCAUCAACUCUUACUGCGUGUUUCCUCGGGAGCUGAAAGAAGUGUUUGCGUCCUGGAGGCAGGAAUGCAGUAGCCGAGGACGGCCAGACAUCAGCGAACGCCUGAUCAGCGCGUCUCUCUUCCUGCGCUUCCUGUGUCCUGCUAUCAUGUCGCCCUCACUCUUCAGCCUCAUGCAAGAAUACCCAGACGACCGCACCGCCCGCACACUCACGCUCAUUGCCAAAGUGACGCAAAACCUUGCCAACUUCACCAAGUUUGGCAGUAAGGAGGAGUACAUGUCCUUCAUGAAUCAGUUCUUGGAGCAUGAAUGGACCAACAUGCAGCGCUUCCUGCUGGAGAUCUCCAACCCAGAGACCAUCUCAAACACAGCAGGCUUCGAGGGUUAUGUUGACCUGGGCCGUGAACUCUCCACUCUUCAUUCUCUUCUGUCAGAAGCUGUCUCACAGCUUGAUCAGAGUACUAUCACUAAGCUGGGUCCUCUAGCACGGAUCCUGCGGGACGUGAAUUCAGCCCUGACGAACCCCACCGGAGUCCCUGUGUCGUCUCCCACCGAGCGCGUGGGCUCCCCCAGUCUACCCAGCAGCAGCCUGUCUACCGGUCUGCAGAAAAUGGUCAUGGACAGUGAGAUCACAGGGUUGGUGGAUUUCACUCGGCUGCCCUCGCCGACCCCCGAAAACAAGGAUCUGUUUUUCGUAACGAGGAAUUCUGUGAUUCAGCCGUCGCCCGCCCGCAGCUCCAGUUACUCGGAGGCCAACGAGCCAGAUGUUCAGAUCCCCAACGGCAGCAAGAGCUUGUCAAUGGUGGACCUGCAGGACAGCCGCUCUCUUGAGAGCGCACCCAACACCUCCUUCAGCGACCCCAUCAAUGACAGCCAGACCUCCGUCGGCCAGGGCACGGGAGUGUGGACUACCCGCACCGCUAAGGGCAACACGCCCAGCGGCCCGACCCUGAGGAGGGCAGCUCAGACCCCCACGACACCGAGCACAGAGACCGCCCCGGGAAGGUCCCAGCUGCUCGCCCCACUCUCGUUCCAGAACCCCGUGUACCAGAUGGCCGCCGGAUUGGCGGUGUCGCCCCGUGCGGGGGCUGAUUCGGGAUCUGAAUGCCAGAGUUCCAUCAGCUCACAGAGUAACGCAGAGGAAGCAGCUACUGCGGGGUCAAAGCACCCGUUCCUGAGCCAAUCCAGCACGGGGGCCAGUGGUGGAGGGGGCAGCAGCGGAGAUGAGUUCCUUCGCCGUUCUGGAGAAUUCACCCGCAGACAGCUUUCCCUCACGGAGACACAACACCAGACCAACGUACCGCGGCAGAACAGCGCAGGGCCGCAGCGCCGGAUAGACCAGCCACCUCCGACCGUCACAAGAGGCCGCACUCCACCCAACAUGCUCAACACCGCACCCUACCCCCGCCCCUCCAGUGGAAGCAUGAUGUCAUCAUCUCCUGAUUGGCCAAGCAGUGGCACCAGACUGAGGCAGCAGUCGUCGUCCUCCAAAGGGGACAGUCCAGAAUCCAAGCAACGCACCCUGCACAAACAAGCUCCAUCCCCUGUGAAUCCCAAUGCAUUGGACCGCACUGCUGCAUGGCUGCUGAAUAUGAAUGUACAAUAUUUGGAGCAGGAGGGAAUUGACCCAGAUUCGAAACACCGGGAGGACUUUCCAAACAAGGAGGAUCUCACACCAACUGAAAAGUAUCAGCAGGAGAUAGCUGUCCUGCAGGAGAAGCUGCGUAUUUCUGCUAAAAAGCUGGAAGAGUAUGAAUCUCGCAUGAAAAGCCAGGACGACCAAACCCAGAAGAUGCUCCUGGAGUACCAGGCCCGGCUGGAGGACACGGAGGAGCGAUUACGCAAGCAGCAAGAUGACAAAGAGCUCCAGAUGAAGAGCAUCAUCACCAGGUUGAUGUCAGUUGAAGAGGAGCUCAAGAAAGAUCACGCAGACAUGCAGGCCAUCGUAGACUCCAAACAGAAAAUCAUCGAAGCCCAGGAGAAGAGAAUCGCAUCCCUGGAUGCCGCAAACGCCCGGCUAAUGAGCGCUCUGUCUCAGCUGAAGGAUCGGUACAGCAUGCAAACGAGGAACGGCAUCUCUCCCACCAACCCUACGAAGCUGCAGAUCACGGAAAAUGGAGAAUUCCGGAACAGCAGCAACUGCUAGCGUGGAUACAAACACACACAGGCCUAUGCGCUGGACAAGGGCUAUGGGUAACUCUCUUACAAUACGGAAAAAUGGCACUCCAGCAGGUUUAAAUUUACUUCACAAAGUCCUGAGUACUAGGUCGGAAUAACUCCUUUGGGAACAAAAUCGGAUAGAAUGUUUAAGAGUUGCACAAUGUCACACAGUAGACUAAUGUGUCUUUUUGAAUUCUUUUAGAUUAUUAGCCACACAAAGAUGUCUAAUGGAAUAUUCCCAUGAUGCUUCAUUCAUAGCCUUUGUCAUGAGAGCCACUCGGUCACAGAUGUUAGCCGUGACCAAAUACUGUAUCAUCUCUAGAUCUGAACUGUGCAUAUACGCCUUUUGAUUGGAGUUAGCAUGAUAAUAAUAAUGAUCAUGAGUAUGUAAUUAUUUGUUGAAACACUAUUUUCUGCUUUCUUUUUGUUGAUGCAUCUGUACAUUUCAUGUAAACAUAAAAUUUUUGUUGCUUGUGUCACUCCAGGGCAGCAGUAGCACAAAAUGCACGCUUUUCUUUGUAAGGUUAAAGAGAAACAUCGCAUUUUGUUGCAUACUUUUUUUCUAUGCGCAUUGCAUUUUAGCCUAUAUGGAGGCGACGCGCCUCAUUAAUGUAUAUAGUUUUUUAUGGGCUUUUCAGAGAAAAAGAGAUUUUCUUUUUUUUCGUACAGUGUGUAUUUCCCAUGCUGAGGUCUGCAGAAGAAGAAAUGUAAGCCCCGAUUGUACAUUGAGGCGCUGCUUUCAGACAGCAAAGAUGGCGACACACUUUAACCCCUCUGGAAACGCUCUGUGCUCACAAUCACAACCAACGCUGUGGAUAGAAAUGUCCUCAUACUGCUUGCUGUUCACGUGGCCAGUAUUAAACUCCGUAUCCAACAUCAUACCUACAGUACAAUCAGUGUCUGCCCCUCUACGAUGUCUUUCUUCCACUCUAUGCACUUUCUAUAGCAUUAGAAUGGACCCUUUAACCAAAACCUGCUUCUGUGGACUUGUUAUAAAGGCUAUUCAGAGCAGCAAGUACAAAGCAUAUAGCAUUCAGCACUUCUACUGGAUGAAAGAGGUUUGAGAUGAUGUGUGAAGGGUACGUGGCUGUUUUUUUACUUAAAGGUUGCGAUGUUUCCUGCUCUUCAAAUGCAGUUUGCAUCAAACAAGCUGGGAUUCGGUGCGGCACGGCAAUAGUUGCGUCAACCUUGCAGACCCUGAGAGUUUGCUCCGGUAUCAGACGAGCCUGUUUUAGCUUCACUGAACUUUAUUCAAAUCAGGUUCACGGAGUUGGAGUUUUAAGACUGUCAGUGUUUCUUUAUGUAUAAAUAUUCAUAUCAGUUUGUUUGGGACAAUAAUUUUGGAAAAACUGCAAGGGCAAACCACUUUGUGUAUAAAUCUCAUAUCGAACAUCUCCAUUUUUUAGAAUUCUGAAGUAUCACUACAUUUUUUUAUUUAUCAUACAGGCUUGAGAGGAACUAUGCUCUGUUUAAUUGUUGUUUGGAAUUGAUUUUUAAUUUAUAUUUUAAAUUAUGUUCAAUUUAUUUAUUUAUUCAACUAUAUUUGUUGUUACCACCCCAAAAUUAAGAGUACUUGUUGAAGUUUGAGGGCUGGAUGUGUCCAACGUUAAAAAGCGAUGUUAAAGUCGACAUGAAAUGGAAGUCGCAAUUAUCUUUUCUUCCCAACAUUCGAUGUAUAAUCGAAUGUUGGGCGGGACAUGAUUUUGUCCAUCAGACAUAGAGUACCUCAGAGAUGACGUGUUUUUGUAGGCCAACCUGGAAGUUAGCGGCGCACGGGUUCCCUCGAUCGAAAGCCUAUGCAUUUUUCCCAUAGACUUUUGGAAAAUCGCAAAAAAUAAGCUCUGUGUUUAACAAAGGGUUAUGACACUUACACGUUUUGUCUAUCAAGAUAAUCUUUACAAGUAAACACAACAUUUAGACAUUUUGAAGCCUAAAUAAAGUCGUCAGAUAUAAAAAGCUAACAGUAGGCUAUAAACGGACUACAGCACACCGUGGUUGUGGAUCAACGUCACCACCACCAAGCUUCCUCAAACUUUAUUUAAAAAACAGCUUUAUUUAAAAACAUGCUCGCUGAUUAUGAUCUGUGCUGUGUAUGAAUACUUAUACACUUUUUCAUGAGAAAUGCUGUCCAAAUGUCCUGUUUGUCAUGAUGACGUCUAAAGUCCCCGCCAAAGGAAGUAGUCCCUUUUAGCAAUUUGUUAGCAACCGCCGUUUUUGAGACACAAUAAAGGUUUAAAAAAUCACAAGCGGGUUAUAACUGGUGUGUUUUAUGUCAUUGAUCAAAACGUGAAAAUAUUUAGAGGCUUUGUUAACCACAGACCUUAUUUCAGGCGAUUUAGCAAAAACCCAUUCAAAAAACCCAUAGAUUUUAGGGAAGUCCUAAAAUGCUAACUCGCUACAAAAACACGUCAUCUCUGAGGUACGCUAUUGAUUGGAUCGAUUGCUAAUUGCUGUGAUGUCAUGUGAGUGACAGGUCCCGCCCUCACAUUAGUAAACACGUCAUCAGAGAUGUAGUUGCAAGAGGGAGGGAAAGUUAUUUUGAUUUAAGAAUACGAGGGCACACGAUUUAAAAAAUAAUAAUUUUUAAUAAAUACUGCAAUAUUCCAUAAACAAAUAAGAACUGACCAUUUUGAUUUCAUGGUGACUUUAAGUUUCUUUGAAGUUGAAGUGUGUAAUUUUUUGAAUGUUAAAAUAUUCAACCAAUGGCGUGAGGUUGGGGGCUGGCUAGUGAUGCAGAAAUUACACACAUUUAAGGUGAGGUCACAUUUUCCGUUGUUCGGCAGAUUUUUGAGUGCAAAAUUCAUUAAUUUCAAUAAGAAUCUAUUCGGUCAGGAAUUACACGUGUGGGUGAACAAUUUCCCCACGCAGGAUUCGCAACAAUUCAGGUUGGCCAUGUGAAUUUGCUGCAUUGAUCAAUGGAAAUCUACUUGGUUUAAAAGUGAAUUCUGUUUGAGCUGUGUUUUAUACAUCACUACAUUAUUGACAAUAAACACUCCACAAAUUUUUGCCGGAAUUUCGCUAAUGUGGCCACACCUUUAUAGUAACUUAAUUACAGAGAAAUUGAAAACAAGCUAAUAAACAUUUCACAUGAACUUUUGAAGGCAAUAGUAUGGCACAUUAAAACACUCUAAAGAAAAUGUUUUUCAUCCCUUAAUAUAUUAUGUGAAAGUCAAAGGGCUGCUGUUUAGUGUCACUUGGUUUAACAGAAGACAACCUUUAACUUUUCCUUUUCGGCAUGAUUAUAUAUAUAUAUGGAGAAAAAAUCUCCACAUUGAUUUCUGCUUUAGAAUCUAUUUUAUGUGUUUCAGAGCUACGCUAACCAUUUUACCACAUGUACAUACAUGAACAGAAGACAUACCAAUAUAUGAGAAGUCAUUUGUGUUGGAAAAAAAUGUUCUGUGCAAUUCAUGUACAAUUGCCUCUAGAAUUAUUAAAGUUUUAUUUAGCUAUUUCAAGGUUCUGACUUUAUUUGUUAGUUUACUGUACAGUCCAAGAAAAAUACUGUUGUUGAGAAAAAGAUAUAUUGUUUCACCUGUGUAAAAUUAAGUAAAUGCUAUGGAGAGAAUGUAUAUAUCCAUGUAGAAUGCCAUUGUCAAGAUGGGUGCACUUCAAUGAGUGCCAUUCAAAAUAAAAGCUAAAUAUUUGUC